AUGUAUGUUUAUGGUGGACGUUCUAUGGCCAUUGUAGGGCACUCCAACGAUAUGUACGAAUAUAAUUUUGAUACACCCAAUGGAGAAACUGCAACGGUGUCCCUAGUAAAUCAGACAAACAAAGGUCCAAGUUGCGCUUUUUGUGGUGCCGUCAUGAUUGAUGAUAGCCAUAUGAUGAUACUGUCCCAUUCAUUUGCAAACGCAUGGGCUAACUCUACAGAAAGUAAAACCGUUGUAAGACCUUAUCUAUUUGAUUUUGUCAGCCUCACAUGGACUGAAAAAGAGGUUCCCGUAUACAACAAAACAGACGAAAGUGCGUUUUACAUGAGGGCAAAACAUGGCACUGUUUUGGGCACAGACGGAAUGAUCUACGUUAUAGGUGGUACGAACUUUUAUGAAGACAGCACCCCUUUAACAACCUCCUAUUUUUAUGAUCCCGUAUUAAAUUACUACGACAUUAUCAAGAAUAAUGGAUUUGAAUACAAGGCUAUCGGUCCCAGUGUACUUAAUUUACCCGGUGGAAACAUAGGUUCUGUUUUUGGGAGAAAAAAUACGAAGGGAUUCAAUUUGUAUAAUUCAAUGAUGAUAUUGAAUACAAAAACUAAAACUUGGAUGAGAAAGCAAGCAUUAUCAUCUUCAUCAGCAGCAGACAUCACACUACUAGAGCAAGAUUACAACGAAGGAGCAGCAGUACAGUUGAUUCCCAAUACCUCCUAUGCAGCGUUUUUUGGUGCAAGAGUAAACUUUCAAAAGUUGCCUAGUUACGAAGAUGGAGCAGGUCCAAAUAUCAUAAAAAUUCUUAACCUAAUUACAUAUAAUUGGGAUAUCAUUCAGGCGAAAAGAAAUCAGUAUUUUCAAUUUGAAAAUAGCUACGCAUCAUCAGCAAUCGUUUCCAAUAGAUAUGUCGUUUUUGCUUUCGGAGCAAUCUCUUAUAGCAGUUACCUAGCAUACAAAGAUGUAGACUUAUUUGAAUGGACAUACCCAAAGCCUGACAAUGAAAGUAUUUCAUCCGAAAAUUUAGGGCUUAACUGGGUCUCAUCUAUAUCUCAACAUGAAAGGCCACCCUAUGUCACCUAUUCUACCGGUAUUAUGGUUGCUGUGUAUAUAGUUGUGAAUAGAAAGGCGAAAUGUUUCAAAAACAUAAAGUUUUGUAGUUUACAACAAAUCAUUAACAUUUUCUGUAAGAGGAGAGUCGGCGAGACAUUUGCCACACAGAUAUAUGGUCUCGUAACAAACCUGGUUUUCUUUGUAUUGCUUAUGAUUUUUAUUGCUUAUUUUGUACAUAGUAUCAUUAACAGCGCUGUAUCGUCAACAGAAGUAUCCUUAGACACAAAUGACGUACCUUUCCCAGAUGUUCGUUUUUGUUACAGCGGUUGGAUGUACAAUGGUUUCAACGACAUAAAUGGCGAAUUCCCUAAUUUAACUUGUGUGUAUUCCGACGAAGUAAAUUACUGUGAUGAUGUUUAUGUGCUCCCAAGGUCUAUAUUGUCCCCUCAAUUUCAACAGGGCGAAACGAUUUGCUACAUGUAUUCUCCACCAAAAGAUAAAUUAAAUUACAUUCACGAGAGUGCUUAUCUUCAUUUUGGACACUCAGGUAAUCUCACGAAUUUAUCUGAACACGCACUUCAUAUUCAGAUCUAUGAGUCGACCAAAAAUCCGAAUCGCGCAGUGUAUGAUAUAUCACCUUUCCCUCAUCAGUAUAGUGCAGAAUACUUGGAUAAUUGGAUAGAUACGCAACUUUUGAACGAAUUCGUUCUUGGAACUGAAAGUCAAAUGGUGACUGUGAAUGGUUUGCCUGGUAUCGGCAUCCAUUUUAAAAUAAUUUACACAAAAAAGAUUGACCCGGAUAGUCUUUGGAAUCUAGUAGGCGUAUUUCCCAAGUAUCUUAUGCUGUCAGAGCUAAGUAUCACCAACACAGAAAUAGUCGGUAGUCAGCAUACAACAGGUUCAUUCAAAGAAAUCAAAAUUUACCCAUCCGACAAAAAAAAAACUGUCAUUACAGAGAAAAGGGAUGUGACUAUUAUAUCCACUCUUGGUAUUAUCGGCGGUAUGGUGAGUAUGUUAAUGUCUGUCAAAGUUCUUUUGUUUGGUGCAAGACCAACAGAGCCUUGGGGUGUUUUUCAGCGUCUUUCUUUGCGGUCAAAUCGAGAGCAGAGCAAAUCCAAAAAUUUGAAAAAAUAUUUUCUUAUUCCUGGUGUUGAUAAUGUACCAUUUGUAACACCUGUUCAUCAACGCUUCUCUGACAUUUAUGCUAAAAACGAGGACAGAAUUAGUACCAUAAUUGGAAACAGUAGUUCAGUUGAUACAGAAACGGAUACUCUCAUUGAUAGUGGUUCGAGUAGUAUGCGGAUAAGAAGGAGUGAUAUGACGACUGAUCAUCAAGAGGAAAUGACCGAUUUAAUUUAUGCGUAUGGUCAUAUUCAAGAAAGACUGGAACAACUUGAGGGGCGGAACCAAAUUCUCGAGUUAGUAUUGAAGGCUUAUUACAUCGAUGACAGAAUAUUUCGCGAAAUACAUGAAACCGCAAAAACUAAGCAGCGUCGUUCAUCAUCUGAUACCGAAACAACUACACUUGCAGAAAAAAAAAUAUCAAUUGAUAGGAAUGAGAUUAACUGA